CACCAUCAUCCUAGCACAUCCGAGCCACCUUAUCCUAGCCAAUCCGAGCCACCCUAUCCUAGCCAUCACCCUAUGUCGCUAGGGAACGCCGCACUAAAGCUGCGGAGCACUGCCAGUUAAUUGCAACAUGCCAGAGCCAUGGCGCUCCUGCUUCGACCUUGGAUCUUGGACCUUGGACCGCACCUUGGACGCCUCUAAUUCGGACUUCUGCACCACGACCUUUUUCAUUCGUGGGAUCACCAAUCGGUUUCGCACCAAUCUUUCGCCUUUUGCAUAAUUGGGCUUUCAUCCGGAUUUGUACCCGGGUCCCUUCUGCCGUAAGGACGAUUCAAAUCGCUAAACUAGUUAGCGAUCCGGUGAUGGGGGGCAAAUCCUACACCAAAUGGCUGGGACGGCAAGCUCCAGAGCUGCAGCAGCUGGGCGCAGGCCUGCGACCCCUAAUCCCGCCGUGGCAUCGGUACGCCCACAGCCUCGCCUGUCAGAAGGCAUUUGGUCACGCCAGCGUAGGUGGUGUGGGGCAGGGCACUGGGGAGCCGGCUGAGAUCUUCAACAGCGUCAUUGGGCCGCAUGGCGGGGUCACCCAGUACAUGAGUCCGGCGAAUAGGGAGGCGCAUCUGGAGCGUGUGUGCCGCCUGUACUGCCGGGACGUUUUGGAGGACAUGCCGAUGCGGCUCUGGCGCAUGCGUGAGCGUGCGAAGGCGGUCCUGUCCAGUGCGCGGCAGCGCGUUGACGACCUGGAGGCAGCCCUUACAAAGGAGAUGAGCUGCGAGGUCGAGGAGGCGCAGGCACAGCCGCAGCCGCAGCCGCAGCCGCAAGCGCGGGCACCGGCGUAGGGUUUGUCCGCUGUGACGUUUUGGGAGUAGCUCGCAAGCCGUUUCCAACGUUCUGGCAGUGGACCAGCCUACAGAGCUAUGUACGGCGGGCGUCUGUGUUUUGACAUGCGGAUUGGAGGGGGGCAGUAACACGCCCACACACGUGACACAGUCCAAAGCCCAAACUGUCCCAAGUGCCGUGUCUGGCAUAAUGUUGAAAGCCGCUUUCACGUAUGGAAGGGUAUGCCGGCGCCGCUGCGUAACCACCGCGCAAGGGAGCAAGUCACACGGGGGGGGAAGCUACGCCCUCCCCACAUUAUUGAUGUGCUUUGAAAGAACGCAACACGUACAAGCGAACAUGACGUUGUAGAGCCGAGGCCAGUGAGCUAGCACAAGCAAAAAGAAAAGCGUGAGCAUGAGCAGCGACCGCAACUGCUACGUUACCUUUUGACGAGAUAACAGCACGCCAAGCUGCACCACUCCGGCGUCCUAAAGCUCUCAGCUGGUGUAUACGGCUGUCAGAGGCUGGGCUGGCGUAGACUGGCCGCAGACUACCAAGCGAAGGCUGCGAUGCGUUGUGAUGACGCGAACCCCAAGAGACCCACCUGGAACACAGCCAGGCAUCCGCGGUGAGCCAGGAGUAGUACGUACAUGCGAGGACAGGAGGAAAGAGAACGGCAGAAAGGUUGUCAAAACGUUGAGGCUGGCGCAGGAAACAAACCAGGGUGGCUGCCUAGCUGCGGCCGGGCUGACGCGAAGGCUGACUGGCUGCUGUAUAUGGUGAGCUGAGACUGGUAUGAAAGGCUGGUGCCGGCCAGGCGAGUUGGGCAUGAUGCGCCGCUGCAUGGGGACAUGACGCGCUGUAGGCCAUGGGGUAACUGACGAGUGCGGACUGGUGUACGGUUCCACACACCCGUCCAGGAACCGGCCCACGCACGGUGCAGCGGGGCCGGCCGGGUGGAGGAACCGGGCUGGCAGCUGGGCUGGACGUCGCGACGUUGAGCUCGACACGAAUCUGGGCCCCAGAGGGGGUUGGGGCGUGCUGGGGCGCUGCGGGCGUGCCGACGACGUCGGCGUGUCCCAAAACACCGAAGUCCACUUGAAAGCCAGAAGAGAUAAAUGCUGACAAAGAUAAAGCCAGUAACGUUCCCUAAAUAG